AGUAAAUUAAGAUCAAGAAAAACCCUCACUUUCAUUAAUCAUCAAAAUUAAUAGAAUAGAUUAUUAUUAGUAAAUAAAAAAUGGAUUCAUCAUCAUUUCCAGGAGCAAUUCAUUUAGCAAUAGCCACUUUAUUCGGAGCAUCAGUUAUGGCAAUCUCCGCUUUUUACAUUCACAAACGCAGCGUUGAUCAAGUUAUCGACCGUCUCAUUAAACUCCGUACCCGCCCCCACCAACAAGAUGACGUAGAUGAUGAUGAUGUUGUUGAAUAUGCAGAUACAAAUGAUAUUAAUUAUAUUCAUCUCGAUGAUGAAAACAAUAAUGAUGAUUUAGAUUAUAUUGAAGAUAAUGAUGAUGAUGAUUAUGUAAUGAUGAAUAAUAGUAAUACUGGUGGUGGGUAUGGUAUUUCAACUUCUUUGCCUAAUUAUGGAUUAGGAAAUACUAAUAACGAAUGGGUGAUUAAUACUAGCAGUAAUGAUAGAGUUAGUAAGACCAAUACCAAUACGACGUCGUUUGGUUCUAUGGAGAAGCUGCUCCAAGAUAAUAACUUGCCGCCUCUCAGAAUGAACCAAACACAAGGUGAACAUCACCAUGAUCAUCAACCUAAUUCUAAGACUAGGGUAGGUUCUUAUGGUCGGAUACAUACACCAAGAUCACCAGCCAGCUAUGCAUACGAUGGUACUGAAAACUCCGACGAUGAUGGAACUGAGACUGCUGUUGGGGAUGACACUCAGUAUUUUGAUGAGAGCGUUAGCACUUCUGCCCAUGAAAUAUUCUCGGGCAUUCAAAAUAUGUCUUUGCUUUUGCCACAAGCUGAGAAUUCAAACAUUCAUCAAGCUAAUUUACAUAAUAAAGUGGCAAAAGAAACUGAUUCGACUGUGGAUCAUGUCAGCGGGAAAGUGGAGCUUCUUUCAUCUAACAUCCCAGUCAACGAUAUCCCGCAAACAACUAUGAUGAAAGAGUCAUUGAAUCAUGAAGAGGAAGAAGUGAGGAAAAUGCUACGUGAAUGCCUAGACUUGCGGGAAAAAUACGUUUUCAGGGAAAAAAAUGUUCCGUGGGCACAAGAACAUGCUGGAGAGUCUCAAUUGUCUGUGAAUAAAAGUGAUCCAUUUCGAUUUGUACCAGUGGAAGCAACUAAACAGCACCACUUCAGGAUGGAAGAUGGAGUUGUGCAUGUUUAUGCAACUGAAAAUGAUUCUGUUGAACUCUUCCCUGUUGCAAGUGCGACCACUUUCUUCACUGACAUGCAUCAUGUUCUGAAAGUAAUAUCCGUUGGAAAUGUCCGUUCUGCGUGUUAUCAUCGACUAAGAUUCCUUGAAGAGAAAUUCCGUCUUCAUCUGUUGGUAAAUGCAGAUAGUGAGUUUCUAGCUCAAAAAGGUGCGCCUCAUCGGGACUUCUACAAUAUUAGAAAAGUUGACACCCAUGUUCAUCAUUCUGCUUGCAUGAACCAAAAACACCUUCUGCGGUUCAUUAAGUCUAAAUUAAGGAAAGAACCUGAUGAGGUUGUGAUAUUUCGUGAUGGACAAUAUCUUACAUUGAAAGAAGUUUUUGAGAGUUUGGACUUAACGGGGUAUGACCUUAAUGUUGACUUGUUGGAUGUUCAUGCGGAUAAGAGCACAUUUCACCGGUUUGAUAAGUUCAAUCUCAAGUACAAUCCCUGUGGACAAAGUAGACUUAGAGAAAUCUUUUUAAAGCAAGACAAUCUGAUUCAAGGCCGUUUCUUGGGAGAAUUGACGAAACAAGUUCUAUCAGAUCUGGAUGCAAGCAAAUACCAGGUGGCAGAGUAUAGGGUGUCUAUAUACGGAAGGAAGCAAAGUGAAUGGGAUCAGUUGGCGAGUUGGUUCAUCAACAAUUCAAUUUACAGUGAAAAUGCAGUGUGGCUAAUCCAACUUCCGCGGCUAUAUAACAUCUACAAGAGUAUGGGAACGGUGACAUCCUUCCAGAAUAUCUUGGACAAUGUGUUCAUUCCACUUUUUGAAGUCUCAGUUGACCCAAAAUCUCACCCUCAACUGCACGUUUUCUUGAUGCAGGUUGUUGGGCUUGAUCUUGUGGACGAUGAAAGCAAACCCGAAAGGCGGCCCACUAAGCAUAUGCCAACGCCAGCUGAAUGGACGAAUGAUUUUAAUCCUUCUUACUCUUAUUAUGCAUACUAUUGCUAUGCAAAUCUCUAUACCCUUAACAAGCUUCGUGAGUCGAAAGGACUGCCAACCAUUAGAUUGCGUCCUCAUUGUGGAGAGGCAGGUGAUAUUGACCAUUUGGCUGCUGGAUUCCUUCUAUGCCAUAAUAUUUCACAUGGGAUUAAUUUGCGGAAAUCUCCAGUAUUGCAAUAUUUGUACUAUCUUGCUCAGAUCGGAUUGGCUAUGUCUCCACUGAGCAACAAUUCCCUAUUUCUUGACUACCAUCGCAACCCAUUUCCCAUGUUUUUUCAACGUGGCAUGAAUGUUUCACUGUCGACUGACGAUCCACUGCAAAUUCAUCUAACAAAAGAACCUUUAGUGGAAGAAUAUGGUGUUGCCGCCAAGGUUUGGAAGCUAAGUUCAUGUGACCUUUGUGAGAUAGCAAGAAACUCAGUUUACCAAUCUGGAUUCUCACAUGCAGCCAAGGCACAUUGGCUUGGAAACAAGUAUUACAAGCGAGGACCCGAAGGAAAUGAUAUACAAAAAACAAACGUACCCCGAAUGAGGAUUGCUUUCCGUCAUCAGACAUGGACAGAAGAAAUGCAGUAUGUGUAUGCAGGAAGGGCGAGACUACCACAAGAAGUUGAGUUUUAGUGGGGAGUUUGGAACCUAAAUGUUAUCUCUGAUAUCGGGUUCACGAAUUAGACCCCCCUCCAGCCUCAAACCCAAAAUCACAUUCAACACAUACACAAAAGUUAACCAAUAUCCAGGUCCAGAUGGGCAUCCAGCACCCCAUUUUGUCUACUCACAGCUUCAGGGUUGGUGGGAGUUGAGAAAUGCUUUUGCGCAUAUGCAACCAUGCGAGUUUCUGGACUAAUUAAUGUUUACGGUAAUAAUAUUUUGUGUUUGUUGUCACUUCAGAUAUGAGCAAUUUUAUUAUGUUACUCUAAGCCACCAUCUUGAUAUCUUUUUAUUGAGAUUUUCUAUCUCCGUUGUAGCUAACCAGUUUUUCAUACGGGAAGUGUCUUUUAGAACAUAACCAUCUUUCUUGACCAGAUGGCGUAAGAUUGAAGCUAAACUUAGCAAAUGGUUAUGUUGAAUAUA